UUUGUGUGUGGCUUUUGGACCAUCAUCAUCACUAUGACCGAUCUUCUGCCGCGCUUGCUGGUUCUGCUGCUGGUCUGGGCCUGCGUCUCCGCCUCUCCGAUGUUGUACAAGCUGAAUCCUGAAGAGAAGUACGAGGCAGACCUGGUGCCCGUCUCCUCCACCGUGAUUCCGCUGACAGUGCUGGAGGUGAGCUACGGGGCAGGCGGGAAGCCCAGCGAGGAGUACAAAGCAGCCUACCUCCGCAAGCUACGCAAACAGGUGCUCCAGCGGACAGAGAAGGGCGAGGACGUGGGCGAGGAUGGCGAGGAUGUCCUGAUCACAGUGAAGACGCAGAAUCUGGAGAAGGCCAAAGUCAAGGCCGUUCGAGCCACGCAGUCGGACUGAAGUGUAGCAACUUGGCGCUGGUUUUCGUGCUGAUGUCAUGGCGAACUUGGCAUAAAAAACAACUAACCGAAU